CGUGCGGCCCCCGCUCUCUGCGGAGCCCCCGGCCCACGGGUGGGAUCGCCGUGCGGCGCCGCUGCUUGCUGCUCGUUGCCUCCGUGCGGGCAGAGCUGCGGCACGGCCACGCACCGGCACCGCGCUGCUGAACGCCCGGGGUUUGGUUGCCCACAGCGGCGGCUUUCUCUGCAGCGACUCCCACGGCCGCAGCGGGUCGGCAGUGGGUCAAUGCAGGUCUGUUUGCCGCUGCGCACAGCUCAGCCCGCUGCCGGACGCCCCGGCCUCCCUUUGCCAUUGGCGCCGGGCGCUGCGGCACGGGUGAGGCUCCACGCCCACAGGCAUAAGAAGGCCGUCAGCCGCCCGGCUGCAGCCGCAGCGCUGAGCAUCGCCGAGGGAGGACUGCGCUGUGACCAUGUCUGAGCUGGAGAAGGCCAUGAUCGCCAUCAUUGAUGCUUUCCACCAGUACUCUGGGAAGGAAGGAGACAAGCAUAAGCUGAAGAAAUCGGAGCUGAAGGAGCUCAUUAACAAUGAAUUAACCCAUUUCCUUGGUGAGAUCAAAGACCAAGAGACCGUGGACAAAGUCAUGGAGGCACUGGACAGUGAUGGGGAUGCAGAGUGCGACUUCCAGGAGUUCGUGGCCUUCAUUGCCAUGGUUACCUCUGCUUGCCAUGAGUUCUUUGAGCACGAGUGAGCUGGUGAGAAGCAGUUGAGCGGCUCCCACUCACGCUGGAGAGAUGCAGAGCGGUACCGCUCCUCUUAGGAAAAGACUGGAUGCACUUGGGGGCUCCAUGAAGUUAAGCUUGUGCUACUUAAGCAGCUUAUUAAACUCUACAGCUUUGUGAGCAGAAAUGCCCGUGUACCUUGGGAAAGCCUCUUGGACAGUGCCCACCUGUGAGUGUGAAUGCCUCAUCGCAAGCUCACUUCCUGCUGCUGCGUGCAAGGGACAGGCAGGGGGCUGGAAGCAGGUGGCCGCUGCAACCCGAGGUUGCAAAGGGAGAAGGAAAAUUCAAGGGUUGAGGCAGGGAGUGAUGCAGAGAGGCUGGUUAGAGGAGCCUGGCUCUGAGCCCAUUGGGCUACACAGAAAGACUCCUGUGACCUCUGUGGGCUCUGACUGCCCUGCGCGUGCUACUAACCCUGGAGACUUAGCAGAGCCCAUGCAGUCCUUGCCUACUUGAGACACUCCUGGCUUGAAAGGCAAAGCAUAGCUAUGUAACAGCCCAGGCUUUUCUCCUGUCUAUGAAUCCUCCUGCUUGUAGCUGUCUGCAGAACCAGAAGUGAAAGCAUAGGGGGCUCCUGGGCUGGGCCUGGGGCAGCUCUCCAGGCUCAGCCAGAAGGAAGGGGGAAAUCCAUAUGUGAUCAGUUGCAGCCUCCAGAGCAUGUGGAAACAAUGAGAAUAAAAUGUUGGUCUGGCCUUUGGAUCAUAA